AUGCCGGACGACUACAUGGACGACGUCGACGAGGAGGAAGAGAUCACGCAGGAAGAUGCGUGGGCGGUGAUCAGCGCCUACUUCGAGGAGAAGGGGCUGGUGCGGCAGCAGCUGGACUCGUUCGACGAGUUCAUCCAGAAUACUAUGCAGGAGAUUGUUGACGAGUCUGCCGACAUAGAGAUUCGCCCGGAGUCCCAGCACAACCCCGGUCGCACCUCCGAAUUCCUAGAGGUCAUUCUCUUCUCGUCCCGGAGCUCGGUAGUUAGAAACAGAACAAGAAAAGAAAAAUUCAUCUUUAUGAACCACAAGAUUCUGUAACGUUAUGAUUCAAUGUGACGCUGACCAUAAUUCCCAUGGGAAAAAACUUCUUAAUAAGUCAUUAAAUCGAUUUGCGUAUUAGCUCUAUCUAAGAUGUUGGUAUCGUGGAUUGCCUAUAUGCAGACCAUCUACAAGAUUAGAUUUGGUCAGAUCUAUUUGAGUAGGCCUAUGAUGACUGAGUCGGAUGGAGAGACGGCGACCUUGUUCCCAAAGGCUGCAAGGCUGAGGAACUUGACAUAUUCUGCGCCUUUGUAUGUGGACGUCACAAUGAAGGUCAUAAAGAAAGGACACGAUUUUGAGGAAGUAACAGAGCCACAGGAGUUUCCCAAAGUAUUCAUUGGCAAGGUGAACUUCUGAUCGCUGUCCAUAAAGUUUAGCUGAACAUUCAACGUUUGCGAUUUCUGUUGACUGUUUCAUUUUAUGGCUUGCAUAUUCUUUUAGGUUCCAAUCAUGCUUCGAUCAAGCUACUGCACUUUGUAUCAGAAUUCGGAGAAAGAUCUUACGGAACUUGGAGAGUGCCCAUACGACCAAGGAGGAUAUUUCAUAAUUAAUGGGAGUGAAAAGGUUCUGAUUGCACAGGAAAAAAUGAGCACCAAUCAUGUCUAUGUGUUUAAGAAGAGACAACCCAACAAAUAUGCCUAUGUGGCUGAGGUCAGGUCUAUGGCAGAGUCACAGAACAGACCAGCGAGCAGCAUGUUUGUGCGAAUGCUUUCUCGAACCAGUGCCAAAGGGGUCAGUCGUUUUUCUUGUUUAUGGUUGUGAUUUUCUUGUUGAAAAUCAAAAUUUUGAGCUUUUUGUUGUUCGUUCAUAUUCUAACCUUCUCAAGAAAAAACUUGAUAUAACGUACCUUUGCAUGUGCAGGGUUCUUCAGGACAGUAUAUUCGGGCUACGCUUCCAUAUAUCCGAGCAGAAAUUCCGAUAAUUAUUGUUUUCCGAGCAUUAGGGUUUGUUGCUGACAAAGAUAUAUUGGAACACAUAUGCUACGAUUUUUCUGAUACGCACAUGAUGGAGUUGCUGCGGCCAUCUUUAGAAGAAGCAUUCGUGAUACAAAAUCAACAGGUCAUUUCCCACGUUAAAUGUCGUUUGCAGUGCCCUUUAGUAGAUAUCUUAGGUUGGUCAGGGUAUGGGAUGGUUUGUUCUGGUAUUUGGAUGUAUCUUAUUUGGAUGCAACUCGAAAGACAAUCUAUUAGUGAAAAAUGCAGAAUAUUGCAUGACUCUGUCUUAAAUCUUUUGCGACGAAACAUUGUUUGACAAGUUUUGUGCCUGUCUAUUUUAGAUAUACUGGGGCAAUAGUCUUUAAAUAUAAUCAUGUUUUAUAACAUGUUGUGAUCAAGCUGGUUAGUGGGAAUGGCUGUAUCUCAAUGGGGGACUCAUGCUAGUGAGUUGGUACUCUGAUGAUUCGAAUAAGGUUGGCUGGGCUAAUAUCCACCUUAUGCUGAAAAAAUGAACGAACCGAGGGAAAGUCUAUCAUGUGUUUGUAUAGUACAGACUUUACCUAUUAAAUAACCUUUCAGUGACCAUGGGAUGUCCUUUUAUUGGAGUUUAUACCUCUUUCUCAGGUUGCACUGGACUAUAUUGGUAAGAGAGGAGCAACCGUUGGUGUUACGAGGGAAAAGAGAAUCAAGUAGGAUGAACUGAACAUGUUGCUUUUCAAUCAAGAGCAUGAUUCUGCAAUGUCUUGGAACGUCUGUUAUAAUUUAUCAUUGAGAUAUUGUUUGGUCCUCUUGUAAAUGAAUCAUCUGUUUAUUUUUGCAGAUAUGCAAAGGAGAUUUUACAGAAGGAGAUGUUACCUCAUGUUGGCGUUGGAGAAUACUGUGAAACGAAGAAAGCCUACUAUUUUGGGUAAAUUUUGGCUAAUUUUUUAGUCUUGUUUCAAAUAUUUUUUGGCCCGUGGCCUGACACUAAUCCAGAGGGGUGAGCUGAAUCUGGCCAUGAAGUUCUUUCUCAGGAGUUCACGGGAUUCGUAAAAAUGCAUCUAUAGCCUCAGAAUAUGAAAUUUAUUUGCGGUUCAACUAUGCCUACUCUGCUCUUCUGAAACUCUUUUUUGGUACCACUUACCAUGGUAGAUACCAAAGUUGUGGCUCAUCUAUUAUACCACUAGAUUUUUGGUGCUGAUUCACGGUUAUAUGUGGCUUUUUAACACAGUGGAUGAAUUUACAGCUAGCAUGACUACUUGAAGUCCAAUAAAGAAGUUGUUUAAAAUGACAAGUCCAAGAAGAAAACUUGGUUCUUUUGUGAAUUGUUCAUCUAGACUAAGGACUCUCGCUUCUAUUUUCACUAAUAUCUAGCCUUUAGAAAGGAAGCUUUGGAACAUUAAAAAACAGUGGAUCUCAAUGUUAAAAUUAAGCUUUGCAAAACAGCUCUGUUUGUCUUUCAAGGUAUUUUGAAUCUUUGGUUAUAAGUGAGGAAUCCAGCAUAUUAAAUAUUAAUAGUUAACCGUCUGAAAAAUACCUUUUCUGAGGACCGUGGUAUCGUACAGACUUAUGGCCUGGUUUGUUUUGAUGGCUGGGCUGACUUGUUUAAGGGUUCAUUUCACACAUACAAUUACAUGAGGAUGGGUUUACGAGGGUCACAGAAUGGUUGAAGUCCGAGGGUAGAACCUUUAAAAUGAGAGUCAUUUCAAGAGAUACAUUUUACAAGUUUGCAGGUGAGAAUAGAUGGGGCGGGUUUACCUGUGACAUGAAGCAAAUAAAUAUUGAUGGUCAAAGGGCUGACUCGUAUGAGAGUCAGGUUAACUCGUGGGUGGGAGCAAAUCCUGUAGAUAUCUGUCAAGUUUAUCUUGUUAGAGAAGAUGAGGUGGCCGUGCCACGAUUUAGACAGUAUAUCUUAUGAUGAUAGGUUGACCCUAGACCAACAGUGUGUUGUCCUUUCUGGUAAAGUUACUUUAACCUUACAGAAAAAAAAAGCUUUUUGCCAGGUCUAAAACACCAUUUUCUCCUAAAGUUUCUCUUAAAUUAUCAUUCAUUCUCUCCUAAAGUGUGCAUGCUAGAAAUGAGUUUAUGUUUUUCCUUUUUCAGAUAUAUCAUUCAUCGGCUUCUGCUUUGUGCACUUGGACGGAGGCCGGAAGAUGAUAGGGAUCAUUAUGGGAAUAAGAGACUUGAUUUAGCUGGUCCACUGCUUGGUGGUUUGUUUAGAAUGGUCUGUCUCUUGGUGUUUCGAAGGCAACAUAUUCCAUUCCUCAUCUUUGGGAUCUGAAUAUUACCAUGUGUUUUGUUGUGGUCGCAGCUUUUCAGAAAAUUGACAAGGGAUGUGAAGUCAUAUGUUCAGAAGGUUUUCCCUCUUUUUAUGAACCUCUCUGUUACGGUGUUAAAUCUAGCUGCUUCUAUGCUCUUGUUGGUUUCACUUAUUAACUAGUGUUUCAUGGUUGCGUGUGGUAGUGUGUGGAUAAUGGAAAGGACGUUAACUUGCAAUUCGCAAUCAAAGCAAAGACCAUCACAAGCGGUCUCAAGUAUUCUCUUGCUACUGGGAACUGGGGACAAGCAAAUCAAGCUGGUACAAGGGCAGGAGUUUCUCAGGUGUGCUUUUUUCUGAGUGGGACGAACUUUUUAUAAAACCCAAAUCAUGAGAUGUUUAGUGACGUCCUUUUGAACAGUAUGCGCUAAAGUCACUUUAAAUUUGGCAGGUCUUAAAUAGAUUGACAUAUGCCUCUACCUUAUCUCAUUUGCGAAGAUUAAACUCUCCUAUUGGCCGUGAAGGUAAAAUCUUUCCUUUGAUACUUUUAGUCUGACGAGUCUCUAGUUUUUCUUUGUGUGACUUUCCUGUUUUGCAUGUAUCGUAUGCCCAUCCCAGUCUUUGGGCAUUUCUGUAGGCGGUUUCUCAUUGAAUCCUCUUGCCUAAUCAGGAAAGUUGGCAAAACCGCGACAGCUGCACAAUUCUCAUUGGGGAAUGAUGUGCCCUGCGGAAACUCCUGAAGGACAGGUAGCAUUCCAGAGCAUCUGCAUACCGAGCUGAAUAUAUAUGUCGACAGAACCAUUUUUCGAAGGUUUUGUUCUCCUGCUCAUUUAUGUACUGAUUUCUUUGUUGUGCUAGGCUUGUGGACUCGUAAAGAACCUCGCAUUGAUGGUGUACAUUACGGUUGGAUCCGCAGCAAACCCUAUUUUGGAGUUUUUGGAAGAAUGGAGUACUGAAAAUUUUGAGGUUCUCUCUCCUCAACACAAUGGAUGCUUUAAAUCUUUUGUAUGAUUGUUUUUUGCUGACCUCCUUGGAGUUUUUUUAUACACAGGAAAUAUCUCCCGCUGUCAUUCCUCAGGCAACUAAAAUUUUUGUUAACGGGUGUUGGGUUGGCAUUCAUCGGAAUCCAGAUCUCCUGGUGAAAACCUUAAGACAGCUGAGACGACAGGUUUCUAGCUAAAAACUCUUUGAUUAGCUUGCUGUGGCAUCUUAGUAUGAUGAAAUCUUUGUCAUGUACUUAUUUAAGUCUGCCACGGUAAAAUAUAUUUGUGCGAACUCACCUUGGAGCAAGGAAAAUCAUGGGAACUGACCACCAGAAAAAAGAGGAGAGUGAUACUCAUCACAUUUUCUUUCAGUGUAUUCACAUAUUAGUCCUGUAAUUGUCAGGGUAUAAGUUUCGCUAGAUGCUCUUUGUUAUCAAACUGUGGUAUCUUCCUUAGGGUAUAUUUUGAAUUUUCUAGACAUCAACAACUAACCGUGAUCCAAAUUGCUUCACAAAUUGGCUUUUUGAAAAUUAGACAUCGUAGAUAAGCAUCAUCUUUAGUAGGAAAGUUUUGCACUUCGGAAAUAUCAGGGACAAUGAGGAGCAAAAGUAGGCCAUAUUUCUCAUGUAAUCAUUUUUAGUGCACAAAAUCAUCAAUUUUUAUGAAACUGUUAUUUACGACAAAAAAAUUAGUAAUAGAUGUACGAGAUGGAUGUACUGUAGCCGCGAAAGUAGAAGAGACCCAAAGAAAUUUUGUGAUGAGGCGUCAAAAAUAAAUCAGCUUGAAUUGUAUGACGAGGCAAAGUCUUGAUGCCGAGGCAGACUAUAUUAAUGCAUUACUUAAACAUAAUGUACUGAUUUGAUUUUAAUGUAUUGUGGUUGUUGGACUAUGGUUAUGGUGUGAUGACCCCACCCCGAGUGAUUGUUAAUUGUUCAGUUAGUAUCAAGUACCUUAUGAAUAGUGCAUUACGUUGCUACUUCCAUCUGUCAUUUUUUUGGUUUGGAAGACUUUGUGUUGCAUUUUUAUCAAAUUUCCAGUUUAGCACAUCCUCUGCUAUUCAUUGAUGUUAGAAUGAAUGAUUUUCUUUCUCUUACGCCAUGUGAGAGCAAUGGCAUAGUUUUGGCUGUGCUCUUUUCUUUUCUCUGACUAGAAUGUUGUCUUCACGGUUGUUGAAAGAAGUGCCGUGUCUUUUGAUUGAAGCUGCAUCUGAAUCGUAACUUGAAGAGUUGCCUGUUGUGGUGUUCGUUAAUGUUGCACUGUGGCCUGCUUAUCAAUGGUUGAUACUUUUAGGUUGAUGUCAACACUGAAGUGGGAAUUAUACGAGAUACUCGUCUUAGAGAGCUGCGACUUUACACAGACUAUGGUCGCUGCAGCCGUCCAUUGUUUAUCGUGGAAAAGCAACGGUUGCUCAUAAAGAAAAAACACAUUCGAGCUUUACAACAAAGGGUCAUUAUUCAAGAACUUACCUCUGCCUGAAAUUUCCUAGGAUUCUUUUGGCUAAUUCUUCUGAGUAGGGGAUCUUAAUUUUCAACUCAUGCAGGAAACCCAAGAGGAAGGAUGGCACGAUCUAGUAACGAAGGGCUUUAUAGAGUACAUUGAUACAGAAGAAGAGGAGACUACAAUGAUAUCCAUGACUAUCAAUGUAAGUCUUAGUCAUAACGGUAAAAACAGUUGCUUCUGUUGAUAAUUCUUUGUUCCCUGUAUUGGUUAUGUGCUUAUGUCGACACAGUGAACUUUGGGGCAAGAGAUGGACUUAUGAUUGUAUGAGAGGAUUCUUUUUAUUUAUUUAUUUAUUUAUUGUGUGCGGGUUUGGCUUUUUUAUGGUUCAGGAUCUGAUAAAUGCGAGACAAAAUCCGGAGGAGGCAUAUGCUGAAACAUAUACUCACUGUGAAAUCCAUCCAUCAUUGAUAUUGGGUGUCUGUGCAUCAAUCAUACCCUUCCCGGAUCACAACCAGGUCUAUUCUUAGGCUUACUGGGAUUACUGUCACAAGAUUUCGCAAUGUCAAUGUGUCUGAUAUAUCUCUUCAUGUUAUUUAGUCACCCCGUAAUACUUACCAGUCUGCUAUGGGUAAACAAGCUAUGGGUAUCUACGUCACCAACUAUCAAUUGCGGAUGGUGAGUGAUUUGUGGUUGUAAACCGCUGCCCACUCUAUGUUCCCUUUUCCAUCUUUUUUUUGAUGAAAUCGCACAUGCACUUUGGUUAUUACUGACGAUAUAUUUUUUUUCUUAGGACACAUUGGCGUAUGUCCUCUAUUAUCCACAGAAGCCUCUUGUGACCACCCGUGCCAUGGAGCAUUUGCACUUUAGGCAACUUCCAGCUGGCAUUGUGAGAAACUUUCAUGCCGUGUUUUCUUUCCUUCCUCAUUUUGAAUAUCAUCCUAAUAAUCCUGUUUCGGUAAACUUCAUUUCCUGAUGAAGAACGCUAUUGUUGCGAUUGCGUGCUAUUCUGGAUAUAAUCAAGAAGAUUCUGUCAUCAUGAAUCAGUCCUCCAUUGAUCGUGGAUUUUUUCGGUCCUUGUUCUUUCGCUCUUACAGGUACUCCUAUUUCCCUACUCUGACCAUCAGUCUUGCGCGAUAUUUCGAAAUGAUUAUUCUGCAACGUCUUAAGUUCUUGGAGGUCUUCUUUAGUGUACUAACAAUGGAAUAAUUCCUUACCCAGAGACGAGGAGAAGAAGAUGGGAACUCUUGUCAAGGAGGAUUUUGGGCGUCCAAACAGGGAAAACACAAUGGUUGGUGCCUGUUUAUUCUCAGGAAGAACAGUUCUUAGCAGACGACUUUGUUAUAAAAUAAUUUAUUUUCCAGGGGAUGCGGCAUGGUUCUUAUGACAAAUUGGAUGAUGAUGGUCUUGCACCUCCUGUAAGUGCAUUUGGGUAAAUGGUAUUUUAUUUCUGUGGCGGAAGUACACUCGCCCAUCUUCUUUAUUCUUUUCCUUACAUUAUUGACAUGUGUCUUAGGGUACAAGGGUCUCUGGGGAGGAUGUCAUAAUAGGGAAGACUUCCCCGAUGCCUCAAGAUGAUUCUCAGGGCCAAGCUGCCUCUAGGUAUACCAGACGUGAUCACAGUACAAGCUUGCGUCAUAGUGAGAGUGGGAUGGUGGAUCAGGUGAGAUAUUUCCUCAUGUUGAUAAUUCAGAUCUUGUUGGUUUCCAUGUUGCCAUGGUGGUUACUUCGUACUCUAGAUUAGCAUGAGCACACUGAACCGAAGUUAACCUCUCCUUUUCUCAACUUUUUUCUCUUGUAAACGGAGUUGUGAUCAUACCAGCCUGUGGCUGAAAUGCGAUUGUUGGCCUGCAGAUGGCUUUAGUGUUUAAUCAAUUCCAGCCGUGGUUACAGAAAUGAUGACUAAAAAUCUAGUUGCUAGAUCGAGUUGGUUCUAAUAUACAAGCGUUGAAACUGUUUCUAGAUUUUAAUGAAAAACUAUGAGCCGCAUUGAAAAAUGAACAUGAGUUUUCCAGUCUUUCUAAAAUGGGAGAAAGUUGUUCCUUUUUCUUUUGCUGCCAUCUGAAUCCUGUUUUUCACAGGUACUGUUGACGACCAAUGCUGAUGGCUUGAGGUUUGUGAAAGUACGAAUGAGGUCUGUUAGGAUUCCUCAGAUUGGUGAUAAGUUCAGCAGCAGGCACGGUCAAAAGGGGACUGUGGGUAUGACCUACACGCAAGAGGACAUGCCCUGGACGGUGGAAGGCAUCACCCCUGACAUCAUCGUGAACCCACAUGCCAUUCCUUCUCGAAUGACCAUUGGUCAGCUCAUUGAAUGCAUCAUGGGGAAGGUCGCCGCUCACAUGGGAAAAGAGGGAGAUGCGACUCCAUUCACCGAUGUCACGGUAUGCAAGCCUUGAAAUCGUCAAAUCUUGAUUUUCUAGGCCCUUCUUCUUGGUCUUACCCAUGAAGUAUAUAAAUUUAGGUGUGUUUUUCAAUUAGUUUAUAAGGGAAUCGUAUGCAAAUUUGCAAUUAUAUCUGGUGAAUUGUUAUAAGUUUGAUGUAACUCUAAUUAUUGUUGAAAACGAGAAUAUUAAUGUCGGUCUAAUAAGGUUCUGGCAUGCAUUUUAUGUGUUCCCAUGACAUCUUAUGAGCUCAAAGUCCUUUUCAACACUCUAACUAGGGAAAGCUCUUCACAAUGUUACGUUUAUCGUUGUCUCAGGUGGAUAAUAUCAGCAAAGCUCUUCACAAGUGUGGCUACCAGAUGCGCGGUUUUGAGACCAUGUACAAUGGGCACACUGGAAGAAAAUUAACGGCCAUGAUUUUCCUCGGCCCCACAUACUACCAGAGAUUGAAGCAUAUGGUUGACGACAAGAUCCAUUCCCGGGGCCGUGGCCCUGUCCAGAUCCUCACCAGGCAGCCUGCCGAAGGGCGGUCUCGAGAUGGGGGCCUACGCUUUGGAGAAAUGGAGCGCGACUGCAUGAUUGCCCAUGGAGCUGCUCAUUUCCUCAAGGAGAGGUUGUUUGACCAGAGUGAUGCGUACAGAGUCCAUGUGUGUGAGAAAUGUGGGCUCAUCGCCAUUGCCAAUCUGAAGAAGAACACGUUUGAGUGCAGGGGCUGCAAGAACAAGACUGACAUCGUUCAGGUGAUUCUUCCCUCCCACUCAAGAAAGGUUUUACCCAAAUUAGUACCCUUAGUGGUGGGACAGCAAGAACAAGAUUAUCAACCUGCUCCACCCUCCACAUCAAACAGAAAAAACUUAAACCCCCCGUUUUUAUCAUUGCCCAUUACCUUAAAACCACCCCCGUUUAUAGGGAUGUGCACUUUGGCCCUCUUUGUUACUAAUUUUCGUCUGUGCUUUCCGAACAAGGAACAAGAACUAGUAUGUUAAAUUUCCUUUUUUUUAUGAAAUCUCUUGCUUUAAAUCAUUCAAUGGAGGUCCUUUGGCUCUGAACUUCUCAUCCAUGGAUCUCGACCUUCACUUGACAAUUAUGCUGUGAAAAUGCAGGUGCACAUACCAUAUGCUUGCAAGCUUCUCUUCCAGGAACUGAUGUCCAUGGCGAUUGCUCCCAGAAUGCUCACGAAGAAAUGA